AAGAACUUGAAAGUAGACAAUAUUGAAGCUCGAUGAUCGACUAUUUGAGUCUGAGCAGUUUCAUGAUCGAAGUCCAACAGACGAUUAGAAAAACAAGGAUGUGAAGUUAAGAAUGCUUUACAUUCAUGCGUGCUAGUAGAGUUAAAUUGCAUAUUUCACAGUGUUUGUUUAGUCUGUGUGUGUUUAUCUGUAUAGUCUGUAUGUGUUUGUGACAGACAUGCAGCACUCUGUCGACUGUCUUGUUCGGGUGCUCGAGUCCUACAGGGGAAGAGAUAAAGUCAUCAGGACUUUCUGCUAUGGCUCCCAGUUGGUCGGCGGCAUUCUUUCAUGUAAAGCAGAGGCACAUGACUUUUCCCAUAACCUAGGGAAAAGGCUGCUUCUGUUUUCUGCUCAGCUAAGCCACUGCAGGACGGUGCUGAGGCUGUUCGAUGAUCUGUCCAUGCUGACUUAUUCCCACAGUUAUGGAUUUGGAUCACAGGAAAAAGAUGGAAUUGUGCGCUGGAUAUCAGUACUCACAAAUGUGGCCGACCAGCUCUACUACCCAUGUGAACAUGUGGCCUGGGCUGCUGAUGCCCACCUCGUUCGAGUCAAGUCUGAAAGAUGGUGGCUCUAUGGCACGGUGCUGUGGGGAACCUCACUGCUGCUUGGGAUACUCAGGUCAAUCAGAGUUCUGAUGCUGCUCAAAAUGAAGCUUAGGAGAUGUGACAAAGAUGGAAGCAGCCGCUGUCAGAUCCAUAGGCAAAUGCAAGUGGAGCUAUUGUCUAUUUUCGGAUGUGUGACAGACCUCAGUAACGCAAUCCACUGGAUGCCACAUGGCUUCCUAUGGGCCGGACGAUUCCCUGCCUGGCUCGUAGGGCUGAUGGGUACUAUCUCCUCUCUCGUUGGUUUGAUCAAGCUCAAAGUAGACUGUGAUCAAACAUGCAGUGUUGAAUGAUAGAUACAUUUAUUAGGACUGCAGAACCAAUCAUCAAAAAUGUGAAUGAAGCUGUCAGUUUAAGCAAGAAAUCCCAGACUUCCCUUUCCUCAGCAAUGUAUUUGAAAAUAAUUUAUUUCCUACUGAUGGAGAAAAUUUCAGCAAAUAAUCAGUAUUCCAACAAGAAGCCUGAUGGGUGAAUGUAGGUUUAAUAAAAUGAUCCGGCAAUGGUGAACAGACCAAAUGGGGGAGCUGCGCAUGUAAAAUAAUGGAACUUGUUUGUCUCUUAGACUAUUAUCUAAAAGGAAUUUAUCAAGGAACUUGGAGACAAAAUGGGCAGGUAGCAGAAGUGUGGAAUAUGAAUAUAAGGAGCGAUGGCUCUUUUAGGGUAAGGAGCACACACAUGGCAACAAGUUUUAUUCAACAUAAAGCUCACUGUACAAAAAAACCUAUAUCCAAUAAAAUUAAGGCAACUGAUUAUAAGCAAUGGUAUUUGUUGUGUAUUUUUCUGGAACAUAUUGGGGAGACUCGCCGGCAAGUCUUAAAAACAGCUGGGGAUACAAUAAAAUAUUUUAAGAAGUGUUUGGUUUAGAAAUUUCUCAUAUAGUAAAACAUAGAAAUUAUGAAACUACCAUAAAAAUCAUUGAUGCUUUAAAAUGGCGGGGAGGUCUAAGUCAUAAAUCAUCAACCACAUUCCUGAGUGUGGAAAAGAGCAUUUUCUCUGUCAUAGUUUAGCUCAUGAAUAACAGCCUUUACUCUGCACAGAAGUGUAAAACCGACAAUUACAAUUAAAGUAAUAAGUGUAUUCAUUAUAAGAUACGGCAAAAAAAAAAAAAAAAAAAAUUAAAAUAGACUUUUUUCAAAUAGGGGUCAUCACAGGUGAUUUACGACUAGGAAUGUGCCAAUAACCGGUUUCAAAGGUAUACCGUUCUAUGAAAGCGUCACCGUUUCAGAACCGUCUUACCAUCCCUAAGGUAUUAGCUAUUUUUUGUGUACCAUAAAUGCACGGAGAAAUGCCUCGCUUGCAGCUGCAAGGCUCAACUCUCCCCCACUGGUUGUUGCUCAGUGUCAGUGAGUUGGGUGUGCUACAUGAUGGCUGGAGGAGGUGAAACUCGUUAACUUUUCCCCCCAUGGAAGAAAACGAAAUUGUUGGUAUGGGAAUACUUAGGCUACAGAAAAGUUACAGACGGCCACGGCUUAGAAGAGGAGGGCCUACUGAUAUGUAAAACAUGUUUGCGGAGGGUGGCUGCUGAAGAGGCAAUACCUCCAAUAUGAUUUUGCAUUUAUCCAAAAUUAAAGGUUAGUAAACAUUAUCAUGUGAACGUUUCCCACCAGCUACGUGUGUUAAUUUCAGCGUGUUUAGUGUGUCUAGUGAUGGUAAAACGUGUUUAUAUCU